AUGUUGGUCGUGAUUGUUCUGGCGGUUUUUCUCCUGGCAAAUGCAGCAGUGAGUCCUGAAAUCGGUGAUUUCACGUACAGUGGUUUCAAGUCUGCGAAUCUGAGCCUCGAUGGUUUAGCUGUACUCACUGGCACUGGCCUCCUGAGGUUAACCAACGUGACCAAACAGAAGGUAAGUCAUGCCUUCUACCCCGACCCUAUUGGGUUCAAGAACUCAUUCAGUGGCGCUGUCCACUUGUUCUCCACCACAUUUGUCUUCGCUAUAAUUCUCGAAUAUCUAGCUCUGGGCGGUCAUGGGUUCGCCUUUGUGAUAGCUCCUAGUAGAGGAAUUCCUGGAGCUUGGCCUAAUUUUUUUUGGGGCCUCUUCAACGAAACCAACAUUGGCAAUGCCACGAACCACAAUUUCACCGUAGAAUUUGAGACGGUUCAAAACAAUGAACUCCGCAAUAUCAAUGACAACCAUGUUGGGAUAUAUGUCAAUGGGUUGACUUCUAUAAAAUCUUCCCCAGCUGGAUAUACUGAAAACAACGUUCAAGGCUUCAGAAACUUGAGUCUGAUUAGUGGUAAAGCAAUGCAAGCUUGGGUGGAUUCUGAUGGCGUGCAGAAACAAAUCAGUGUGACAUUAGCUCCUGUCAAUGUCGACAAACCGAACAGUCCCCUUUUGUUUCUGUCCUACAAGCUCUCGUCAAUUUUCAUAGAGACCAUGUAUGUUGGGUUCUAG